AAUGGAAUGAAUAUUAAAAACCAAAACAAAAAGAAAACGAACGUGAGAGGAGCUUCUAUUUCUUCUUCUUUUAGUGAUUCAAAAUGGAUAUACUUAUAAACCCCAACUGUAGUUCAGAUGAUGAUGCCAACAAGAAUGCAAACCUUGGGUUGCUUCUCCCUCAAGACUUAAUGUUUCAUAUUUUUACUUUCGUUCCUCUUAACUCUCUGCUUAACUCUAUAAGGUAUGUUUGCAAAUCUUGGGCUGCUAUUAUUGCCACCUCCCGUUUUGUUCAAGCGUGCCAACGCAAUGAUAUGCGUUCUAAACCUGGUCUUUACGUUGAAAAUCGCAAGUCAAGAAGUAGAUCUUAUUUCUCGGAAUUUAAAGAUAAUGCGAAUGGCAAAUUUGAAAGGAUUGAUUUGGGAACACCGAAAAAAAUGGGACAUUUAAUCGGUACUUGUCAUGGCAUAUUGCUUCUUUUGAAUGCAGCUAAGCAAGUUUUUGUUGUGAACCCCAUCCUUAAGUGCUGGCUUAAAAUUCCUCGUUUUCCCAUUUCUCGGUCUGAUCUAGUAUUUCCGUGUCAAUGUACUAUAACAUGUGUUCCUCGUACUGCCAAAUUCAAGCUUUUCCAUGGAGUUGUCCUUGAGGUUUCGGGUGGUUCUUGGUAUGUUUUCUAUGUGCUAAGAAUUGGUAUUGAUAGCUCAUGGAAAGAGAUAGCUAGAAAAGAAGCAAUCCUAGUAUUACAUCGGUUGUAUUUUUCAUCGAGACCACUUUAUAAUGGAGGCAAUGAUCUUUAUUGGAUAACAAAUAAGGAAGUGAUUGUAAUGGAUGUUGACAAAGAAAUUAUUGUACGAGAAUAUCCACUUUCUCAUAUAAUCAUGCACCCGUCUGACCUAUUUUUUAUGAUGUAUUCUAGUGUCCCGUUUGAGAUGUUUUUACAUAUGGGCGAUCGUCUUUCUCGCAUUGUGACUAUAAAUUUGCAUAGAACAUAUCAAAUCUAUAUAUUGGAUUUUGAUUCUGGAAAAUGGUCUCUUUAUCAAGAGAUGGGGCCUUUUGAUUAUAUGAUUGCUUGUGAUCAUAAUCUUAAUCCUAGAAGUGUGUCAUUUCGUUUGUGGAUCAACGAUCAAAUUAUCUUUCAAGUAGGUCUACGUAAAAAUCAAACAGGAAGUAUGUCUUCACACAAAAGCAUUCAUUUUGGUUACAAUGUGAAGACCAAACAAUUGACAAAGAUUGAAGACAUCGAGGUGUGCCAACUACUGCAUAGCUAGGUUUGUUGGUAUAAUACUAUUAUUUCUAUUUCUCUUAGCUGAAAAACAAGUAUUCCAUUGCUUUAUUGUGUAAUCUGUGGUGGGUUGAAAAGGUUUGUUGGUAUAAUACUAUUAUUUCUAUUUCUCUUAGCUGAAAAACAAGUAUUCCAUUGCUUUAUUGUGUAAUCUGUGGUGGGUUGAAAAAUUGGACUUUCUGUUCCUCUGAUUUUUUGAGUUGAAACUUAUGGGCCUAAAACAUAAAACUGGCUUCGCCCGGACUCGAACCGGAGACCUUCAGUGUGUUAGACUGACGUGAUAACCAACUACACCACGAAACCAUUUUGAGACAUGAUUUCGUGUUUUCUAAAAUUAUCUUUGUUUUUAUUGGAACAGGCUUAAAUAAGAGCUAUAUGUUUACACUACUGCAAUCAAAUGAAUUCUAUCUUCAUAUAAAGGGACAUCUGUAUAGACAAUUAGCAGUUGUAUAAUUAUUUGGCUGAAUGAUAGAUAAUAAAUAAUAUAGAGAGAUGCUUUCAUUUCAUGUACAAGAUUCAACUUUGAUAUCUUCCCACUCUAAAUGCUCAACUUGUCUUAUUAUCUAUCACAUACCAAAUGAAAAUAUAAGACUACAAUAAUAACGACAAAUUACACUAUAACUUCCUUUUCUAUGAGCACGAUUCUUCUUCUCUUAACAAC